CCGCCAUAUUGACCGCUCGGUAAGAUGUCUCCGGCCGCCGGCUCUUCCUAAUCCUUCUUAUAUCCGCCUCAUCUUAAGCAAUCGGCGCUUAGUUUUUACACGUACUCCAAGCAUUAUGGUGCGUAUGAACGUUCUUGCCGAUGCCCUUACAAGCAUCAACAAUGCAGAGAAACGUGGAAAACGUCAGGUUCUCAUCCGGCCAUGCUCCAAAGUGAUUGUGAGGUUCCUGACUGUAAUGAUGAAGCACGGCUACAUUGGAGAGUUUGAGAUUAUUGAUGAUCACAGAGGUGGAAAAAUUGUUGUUAAUCUCACUGGGAGACUAAAUAAGUGUGGUGUUAUCAGCCCCAGAUUUGAUGUUCAAGUAAAAGAACUGGAAAGGUGGCAAAAUAGUCUUCUACCUUCCCGUCAGUUUGGGUACCUCGUUCUCACAACUUCGGCUGGGAUCAUGGACCAUGAAGAGGCCAAACGAAAACACACCGGAGGAAAAAUCUUGGGAUUCUUUUUCUAAAAUGUGAAAACCAUUCUGCAAUAAAAUAUCAAACCCA